ACGCGCUGCAGCUCGGCGACUCUGCGGCGCGUGCGUCACACGGUGUCAGUAAAAUAACGACGGACAGAAAAAAAACAGAACUGUCGGUUCCUGUUGAGCGACGGCACCGACACCGACCGACCGAGAGGAAGCAGGUCCACCGACAGGCUCAGGAUGUGGCAGGAAGGCCCAGAGGCGACCUGCGCCGGAGUCUGAGUGGAUCACUAUUUGGCAAGAGGCAGAAAGGCGGGACUCGGCGGAGGAAGAAUUUUUGUCUUCAGCGCAAAAUUAGCGUCAAGAUAACCAUGGUCAGGCCGCCUGGUUACCGGCGGGGCCCCAUCUUGGCUCGGUUAUCUUGACGCAGCGGGAACCGAACGGAGGUAAAGCGGAUCGAUUCGCAGCCUCGGCGGUUGAUCGGGUUCGUGCGGGGGCGCUGAUCGGCUCAACGCAGCGUUUCCUCAUCCACGUCUCCUCGGUCUCCAGGUGUUAGUCUGCACCCGGCCUGGAUGCAGCCUGUCCGGAGCCCAGCCUAGUUCCUGGUGCUCCUUCUUUCCCUCCACCUCCUCCCUCCUUUCCCUUCCCUCCUCCCCCCUGCUCCCUCCUUACUUUCCCACCCCCACCAUCCCCCCCCCUCUCACAUCAACACACCUGAAGUGACCCCGGCCUGUGUCACACACAUCCACUCCAUUAUUUAACCUGGACCAGCAGCCUGGCGGGCUGCCCCCUACAGGUGGAUGAAUGAAGACCCCAUUCAAGAGCCCCGCGGCCCCGCGGCCCCGACCAGACGGCGGACAUUCAGGUGUGUCUGCAAACAUGAUGAAGAAAAAGAACCCGCACAAGAAGCAGAGGACCAGUGUUGGUCCCAGUAAACCUCUGUCUCCGCCCAGGAGGAACAUCGUGGGCUGCAGGAUCCAGCACAUCUGGAAGGAGGGAAGUAAGUCGUCUCAGUGGAAGGGGACGGUCCUGGACCAGGUCCCCGUGAACCCCUCCCUCUAUCUGAUCAAGUACGACGGCUUCGACUGCAUCUACGGCCUGGAGCUGUACAGUGACGAGCGGGUGGUGGGCCUGGAGGUGCUGCCCGACCGAGUGGCUCCGGCCCGUGUGAGCGACUCGCUGCUGGCCGAGACGAUGAUCGGGAAAGCGGUGGAGCACAUGUUUGAGACGGAGGACGGGCCGAAGGAGGAGUGGCGGGGGAUGGUUCUGGCCCGGGCGCCCAUCAUGACGACCUGGUUCUACAUCACGUACGAGAAGGACCCGGUUCUCUACAUGUACCAGCUGCUGGACGACUACAAGGAGGGAGACCUCCGCAUCAUGCCCGACUCCAACGACAGCGUGGCGGCGGAGCGGGAGCCCGGGGAGGUGGUGGACAGUCUGGUGGGCAAACAGGUGGAGUACGCCAAAGAGGACGGUGGGAAGAGGUCGGGGAUGGUCAUCCACCAGGUGGAGGCCAAACCCUCCGUCUACUUCAUCAAGUUCGAUGACGACUUCCACAUCUACGUCUACGACCUGGUCAAGACGUCCUAAGACCAGGAGACCUGGUCCAGAACGUCCCGCAAAGACUAAACGAGUCCUGAUCCAUCCCACCAUUAACCCCCAGCCCCCCCGCCCAGUGAAGACGAACCACAGCUCGGGUUCAAAACGUCCUGAGACUCAUCGCGAUCUGCGGAGACGCCAUUAUUUCUGUUCUUUGCUCUCGUCUUUGAUGAAACGCCUUAAAAACAGAAAAGAAACCAAACGUUGGGUUCAAACGACAAACCAGCUGCAGGUGGAGAGACCAGUGUGGACUCAUCCUCUCUGACCAGUGACUCUGCGUCUGAUGGUUUGGUGUGAAUCCUGAGGGGACUGGAUCCUGAGACCCUCCGGUCGACAGGUCAACAGAACGGCCUGCGUCUCGUGGUGGGCGGGGCUUCAGCUCUGAGUCUGACGGGUCAAUGAAGGAACGAGACGUCAGGAUCGCCCUGAACUCUCUGACCCAUCAGGUUCCAUCGUGUCUCCACGAGGAGCACGUGUCCAAUCACAGAGCACUACUGACCCGCCCCCCCGCUGGUCCCCUGUUGACUCUUAACUCUGGGAUCAUCUGUUUCUGUGGGUUUGACGACCUCCAGCUGCCGUCAGGUCGUCCUGCUCCCGGCUGACGGAUCCAUCAGGACACUUUUAAGUUGAACUUUUUUUAACUUGUUUGUUUCUGUUUCAGCCUCAGUUUCAUUUUUUCAACAAAAAGCUUCGACUUGUGUGUUUUUUUUAUUUUCAACGGAUGUUUUUAUAUUUGUGCCAAAAUAUUUCCAGAAAAGUAUUAAUUGUUUUUGAGCCUCGGUGAAAAAGAUCGUUAUGAUAAUGCUGCAUCAGUUACUGAUACUUUAAACACCAUUUAAUAAAUGACUGUAAAUGUGAAAUACUGGGGGGGGGUGGUAUCUCCUCAUCAGAUCUUAAUGGUAGAGAAUGUCCCAAUAUGUACGUUUCUCUGGGUUCUGAAUUGAUCUGUCCACAACUUUAAUAAAAACCGAAACAAGGUCAGAAUAAGAAGUUAUUCCCCCUCACUGACGCCCCGCCCCCCCACUGCAGGUUCCAACGCUGGACGUUUAAUAAAAAUCUGCAGUUUUUCUGUUUUCACAUCGUGGAACUGGAACUUUGUUUUCUCUGUAAUUCUCAGUUCGGUUCCAGCUCUGGAUCUUCUUCAGUCGGAAAGUCGAGGAUUCAUCUGUUUAUUGUUUUUAUGACUGUAACGUGCCGACUGACAAAUCACUUCACAGCUCCCGAUAGAGACUUCAAGAAUUCAGACCAAUGGGAGCUUGAAGAAACUUUUUGAAUCGUCUCACAUCCCACCAAUCCUCCGCUCCCAGCCCAUGUAGCUCCGCCCACCAAACUCCUGAUGCAGAAACUGACGCGUUUACCCGAAAAGAAAAUGUUUCAAAAAAGAUUGUCUCUCUGAAAACAACUGAUUUACAUCCAGAACGUUCCGGGUGAGAAUCUAUAAUCUGUAGUCCACAACAUCUAGAACCUUAUCUGCUUCAGCGCUGAUCUGGAAUCUGCUGUUUGCAGACGUCCUGACAAAGUGAAACUAGAAACUGGAGACGCUGGAAAGUUUAUUCUGUGGAAGUUUUGAAAAAAUACCUUCUCAUCAUGGAACUUACAGUUUCUGAUUCCAGAACAGGAACUGGCUCAGGGCGGGAUGGUGGUUCCACAGUUUAUCAGCAUCCUCUUCUAGAACCAGUGGUUUGUGUUCACUGGGUUUAGAACCCUCCCACUCUGUCUCAUGUUGUUUAGAACAAUUUACUUAAAUCAUUUGUUCUGGUUCUAAAAUCUGUUUUUUGACCUUUAAUCUUUCUUGAACAUGUGGUUUCUCGGUAGCAGCCUCACGUCCUGAUUCUAGAACACAUUCAGAGGUUCUUCAUGUCCAGAGGAGACAUCAAAGCUGUUUGUGGAUGUAAAUGUUAGAAAAUGUCAGAACUGUUCUGGAAUCAGAAGCGAUCAGUUUCAGAGGGUCAGUGAUCUGUGGAGGAAUCAAUCAGUAGCUUGACAGAAAGUUAAUCGGGAACUUUUUGUUAAAUGUCUCGUCUGAAAUGUUUCUCACGUCAGACACUCGGAGCAGCUGUUUGUGUUUAAUUAUCAGAUGAGGAUUCAUUAACGAAUUGAAUUAAUUGACAAAUUAACAGAAAACAUUAACAACCACUUUGUGAUUAAGUAUAAAGACUCGUCCACUGAGGUUUGUUGAAUCACUUCGUCUGACGCAGAGAAAUUAUUUUAUUACUUUUACAUUUAACGUUAAUGUGGAUGUUGUUGAGAGGGUUACCCACAAUGCAUCUGUCUUCAGGCUAAAAACCACAGGAUGUUUGGAUUGUUGUGUGUGUGUGUGUGUGUGUGUGUGUGUGUCAGCCUGUUCAGAGCAGUGUUGUUUUUGCAUGCCUCUAUAGCCUCUAUGCCUCCGUGUAAAUCGAUGUGAGUUGCAUGUUUGUGUAGUUUUCAGUUGAUUGUCGUCGCUUUGGUGCCUUUUCAUUUCAGUUCUCUUUUUUUUCUCUGUUAAAUUUUGUACUUUGUGUCUGAGGCUGGUAUUUUAUGGUUAUUGAGCAAAAAUAAAAAACUAAAAAGAAGAAAUCCUCGUCCAAACAGAAGAGACACCAGUUAUCAUGAGGAGUGGGAGGUGAUGGCGGCUGUGAGUUCUGUUUCGGGGGGAUUGUCCCUUUAAAGAGUGCCAACUCCAGAUGCCAGUGUUGUACAGCUCAGUGAAAAACUCACUAUUUACUAAAUAAACAGUUUCUGUUGUUUUUCA